AACCCCUAAACCCUAAAAGCAUCUGUUUUUGACUCUGGGAAAUAGUGUGAGGAUAAUCUUUACAAAAAAUCCAUUAAUGGCUAACCCUAAGGUUUUCUUUGACAUGACCGUCGGUGGUGCCCCCACCGGGAGGAUCGUCAUGGAGCUGUAUGCAGAUACCACUCCCAGAACCGCCGAGAACUUCCGCGCUCUGUGCACCGGUGAGAAGGGAAAAGGUACCUCCGGCAAGCCCUUGCAUUUCAAGGGAUCCUGCUUCCACCGUGUGAUCCCUAACUUCAUGUGCCAGGGAGGUGACUUCACCAGAGGAAAUGGAACCGGCGGCGAAUCAAUCUACGGAAACAAGUUCGCCGAUGAGAACUUCAUCAAGAAGCACACCGGUCCAGGUAUCCUCUCCAUGGCCAACGCCGGUCCCAACACCAACGGAUCGCAGUUUUUCAUCUGCACCGCUAAAACCGAGUGGCUCGACGGCAAGCACGUCGUGUUCGGAAGGGUCGUUGAAGGAAUGGAUGUUGUGAAGGCGAUCGAGAAGGUUGGAUCUGGCAGCGGAAGCACCUCAAAGCCGGUGGUCGUCGCCGAUUGCGGUCAACUCUGAUGGAUCUGUAUCAGACUGGAUGAGUUUCUAUAUCUUUCUGAUUUUUCCUUUCCUGUGUGAUCUUUAAUCGUUUUCAUGGUGGUUGUUCUUAGGGUUUAUCUAUGUUUGUGGGUGGUUUCGUUGACUCUAUGCUUGGUAUAAAUAAGAUUAGUUUCACACUUUCACUGUUA